CCCGAGUAGAUGCAAAACCUCAAAAUCGAGCAGAGAUCGUUUCUUUUCUCGUGUUUAUGGCAGUGGCAGUGAAGUGAACCUGUAAAAAUUUCUGGCAAUGAUUCUCAAUCAAUUCUCAUCAUUCCAAUCCCAAGCACAGAUUCUGGAAAUCUAAAAUCAUAUCAUAAGCCCUGAAACAAGGGGUGAAACAGAAUGGCAAAACAAUCAAGCGCAUGGAUUACAAAGCACAAGAACAGAUGGCCGCUCAUGAUUCUCGCAUUCUUCACUCUAUCAACUCUAAUUGUCUUUUCUAUAAGAUCUGCUUCUGAUUCCUGUCACUCUAGCUCUAACAUUACAACUACUGCUACUACUGCUAAUGUUGACCGUUUUGGAGAACCAAAAGUUGAUUCAAAACCUCAGAUUCACUCCAGCGUAGCUCCAAAUCCUCUUGAUUUCAUGAAGUCCAAACUCGUUCUCCUUGUCUCACACGAGCUUUCUCUUUCUGGUGGACCCUUAUUGUUAAUGGAGCUGGCGUUUUUGUUAAGAGGUGUUGGUGCUGAAGUUGUUUGGAUUACUAAUCAGAAACCGACGGAAACUGACGAAGUUAUUUAUAGUUUGGAGAAUAAAAUGUUGGAUCGUGGAGUACAGGUUUUCUCUGCGAAAGGGCAAAAAGCGAUUGAUACAGCUCUUAAGGCUGACUUGGUGGUUUUAAAUACUGCUGUUGCUGGGAAGUGGCUGGAUGCUACUUUGAAGGAGAGUGUUCAACAAGUUCUUCCCAAGGUUCUGUGGUGGAUACACGAAAUGCGAGGGCAUUAUUUCAAACUAGAGUAUGUUAAGCACCUCCCUUUUGUUGCAGGUGCUAUGAUUGAUUCACAUACAACUGCUGAGUACUGGAAGAACAGGACUCGAGAACGCUUAGGGAUUAAGAUGCCUGAAACAUAUGUUGUGCACCUUGGAAAUAGCAAGGACCUCAUGGAAGUGGCUGAAGACAGUGUGGCCAAACGGGUUCUCUGUGAACAUGUUCGGGAAUCUCUUGGAGUGAGAAAUGAUGAUCUGCUCUUUGCUAUCAUAAAUAGUGUUUCACGUGGGAAAGGUCAGGAUCUCUUUCUUCGUUCAUUUUACGAGAGUCUGCAACUGAUCCAAGAGAAGAAACUCAAGGUGCCGUCAUUGCAUGCAGUAGUUGUGGGAAGUGACAUGAAUGCUCAGACUAAGUUUGAAAUGGAGCUGCGUAAAUUUGUUCAGGAGAAAAAGAUUCAAGACCGUGUUCACUUUGUAAACAAAACCCUGACAGUUGCUCCAUAUUUGGCUUCUAUUGAUGUUCUUGUUCAGAACUCUCAGGCCCGAGGAGAGUGCUUUGGGAGGAUAACAAUUGAAGCAAUGGCCUUUCAAUUGCCUGUGUUGGGUACUGCAGCUGGAGGAACCAUGGAGAUUGUAGUGAAUGGGACAACAGGCUUGCUGCACCCUGCUGGUAAAGAAGGUGUAACUCCUCUUGCAAAUAACAUUGUGAAAUUAGCAACACAUGUUGAAAGGAGGUUGACAAUGGGAAAGAAUGGAUACAAGAGGGUGAAAGAGAGGUUCUUGGAACACCAUAUGUCGCAUAGAAUUGCUUUGGUUCUUAAAGAAGUUUUACGGAAGGCAAAGACUUAGCUUGUGUGACUGCAGUGUAAUUCUAGAAUUCGUGUGUUUGCUAGCUCCUUGUACUAUAUGUAGGCAGAUUCACAUUCCAUGAAUAUAUAAAAAUCGAGUCUUCUUUUAUCAGUCA